AUGGCUGCUGCAAGCGACAAGGCCCGAUUCUUCCUCGAGCAGUCAAUACCAGAGUUGAAAGAAUACGAACGCAAAGGCAUCUUCAGCGCCGAAGAGAUUACCAGCAUUGCCCGCAAACGCUCCGACUUCGAGCACAAGAUCAACGCCCGAGGAUCCACGCCCGCGGACUUCGCUCGCUAUGCUGAAUUCGAGAUAAACGUUGACGCAUUGAGGCGCAAGAGAGUGAAGAGAUUGGGAGUCAAGUCCACCGCACACAAUGGCAAGCGUCGCAUCUUCUUCGUCUUUGAUCGCGGAACUCGCAAGCAUCCCGGUGACAUUGGUCUUUGGAUGGAGGCAAUAGACUUUGCGAGAAAGCAGAAGGCCUACAAAAAGUUGCAGGAAAUGUUGACUCAGGUCCUUCGGUUACAUCCUACAAAGUCCGACUUAUGGAUUCACGCCGCCCAAUAUGCGAUGGAAGAUAAUGGUGAUAUUACGGAAGCGAGGAGCUACAUGCAACGCGGUCUGCGGUUUUGCAGAGGAUCGAAAGCAAUGUGGUUAGAGUAUGCCCGGCUGGAAAUGUCUUACAUCGCAAAAAUUCAUCUCCGUCGAGAAGUGCUGGGCAUCACCGCCGGAAAGCCCGAUCAACCAGGACAAACAGAGCAGGGGGAUACAGAUGAGAAUCUUCUUCGCUUGCCGAGACUGACGGCUUUGGACAUCUCCCCAUACAGUGAGAGUGACGACGUUGACCGCUCUGCGCUUCAAAAACUGGAAUCAACACCUGCGCUGAGUGGUGCCAUUCCGAUUGCGAUAUUCGACGCUGCUAUCGCCCACUUCCGUGAUCCCAGAUUCGGCUUGGACUUUUGCCAUGUGCUUCUCGAUUAUGACGGCAUCCCGGCUUGUCGCAAGGUUGCGGACCAUGUAGCGGCAUUCUUGUCAAGAGAAUAUCCACAGAGUUGGUGCACCCAGGCAUGCCAUAUACAGUUACCACUUGUUUCGGUCCCCCACGAUUCUCCCGACUUCCCCUCUGCUCUCAGGGACAUGCUCGCACGACUGAAGAAGGCUCGGAGUAGUUCCGAAACCCCUGAGUUGGUCGGCUGGGCCAAAUCAUCGCUCGAGAAGCUCCUGCACACACCAGACUUGGAUCCGGCGAUUAGGGUUGUGGCAGAAUCUGUUAUCAAGUCCUUGGGUGGACCUGCAUCGACUUAG